AUUGAAUACUAUAUUAUUUUUUAGAAUUUUUUUUUUGUUACAAUUUUUACUUUUACUCUCCUAUUCUAGAUUUAUGCAAUCAGCAUAUACUAGGUAUCUCAUCUUGCUUCUGUCACUCACUGCAACCAACCGUGCAUCUUAAGUUAGGACGACACAAAAAGCACACACAACACUACACAUCACAUGAAACUUUGUCUUGGAACCAAUAACCUUAUUAUUUAACAAAAAACCUUGUUGAAUCUCAAACACUACAAUUCAAUCAAACAUUGUUGUCAAGUUUCAAUUUUGAGUUCAAAGAUCUGUGCUUUAUCAAUGGAUAGUUCAGAAAAGGUUGUUGCUGUGAUUAUGGUGGGUGGACCCACCAAAGGUACUAGAUUUCGACCUCUUUCAUUCAAUACUCCAAAACCCCUUUUUCCUUUGGCUGGACAACCAAUGGUUCAUCAUCCAAUUUCUGCUUGUAAAAGGAUACCAAAUUUGGCUCAAAUAUAUCUUGUUGGAUUCCAUGAGGAGCGAGACUUCGCUCUAUACGUCUCUUCAAUUUCGAAUGAGCUGAAAUUACCAGUAAGAUAUUUGAAGGAGGAUAAACCACAUGGCUCAGCAGGUGGUCUUUACUACUUCAGAGAUAUUAUCAUGGAAGACAGUCCAUCACAUAUCUUUCUGCUAAAUUGUGACGUUUGUUGUAGUUUUCCACUACCAUCCAUGCUUGAUGCUCAUAUAAAGUAUGGUGGAAUGGGGACAAUGUUGGUAAUCAAGGUUUCAGCUGAAUCUGCUAACCAAUUUGGCGAGUUGGUGGCUGAUCCAGAAACUCAUGAGUUGCUGCAUUAUACUGAGAAACCCGAGACAUUUGUCAGUGAUUUGAUAAAUUGCGGUGUAUACAUUUUCACACCUGAUAUUUUUACCGCCAUUGAAGAUGUUUCUGUGAACCGAGAAGGAAGAGCUAAUAUGCGACGUCUUUCCAGCUUUGAAGCUCUCCAAUCUGCAACGAGGACUCUUCCUAAAGAUUUUGUAAGACUUGAUCAAGAUAUUCUAUCACCUCUAGCUGGAAAGAAGAAAUUGUAUACAUAUGAGACAAAUGAUUUCUGGGAGCAAAUUAAAACUCCAGGACUGUCUUUGAAAUGCUCGGAAUUGUAUCUUGCUCAAUUCCGGUAUACUUCCCCGCAUCUUUUGGCCAGUGGAGAUGGUAAAAAGAAUGCUAAAAUUGUUGGUGAUGUAUAUAUUCAUCCAUCUGCCAAAGUUCAUCCAUCUGCAAAGAUUGGUCCAAAUGUUUCUAUCUCAGCAAAUGUUCGUGUCGGUGCCGGUGUUAGGUUAAUCAGUUGUAUAAUCUUGGACGAUGUUGAAAUUAAGGAAAAUGCAGUAGUCAUAAAUUCUAUUGUUGGAUGGAAGUCGUCGCUCGGAAGAUGGUCACGUGUACAGGCUGAUGGUGAUUACAAUGCAAAGCUUGGCAUAACCAUCCUAGGAGAAGCUGUGACUGUUGAAGAUGAGAUAGUGGUGGUAAACAGCAUUGUUCUUCCUCACAAGACUCUUAAUGUCAGUGUGCAAGAAGAAAUCAUCUUAUAAUCAUGCAUGAGAAAUGAGAUUUUUACUAGCCACUCAUCAAUAGAAGAGGCUUGUACCAUAUUGGUUUUCUCAUUUCUAUCUAGAAUUUGGUUUCUUAUAGGAGUGAUGAUAAAUUAAAGUAAAAGCCAUUACUCACUUCUAAUACACCAUCACAGAAUGUGGCAAGAAUUUUUGGUUUAUGUAUGAAUAUUCCAAUGUAUUAUUUAUCUAUCCUUCUAAUUUUGUUUAUUGUUCACAACUGAACCAAUAAAGUCAAUUAUUUAAGUGCAAAUCAAACCUUUUUUUGUGGGUGAAUUC